AUGACUUAAAGAUAAAUUGUUCUGACCGGAUUCACAGGAUGUGGUAAAACAACCCUUUUUAAUUUAAUAUGCAAAGCAAAAUAGCCAGCAGCAGCUGGAGGUAAUUCAUUAACAAGGUAAUAAGCUAAUUGAUAAUAGGUAAACAUUCUUAAAAGAAGCUGCCUAUGGAAAAGGAUUUCGAGUGUUAGAUACUCCUGGAUACGGAUCAAAGUAAGAGAAAAUUAUUCAUGCUGUCGGAGUAUUAAAUGCUCUUUCUGAAGGUCCUCUUAGGCAAAUCUUAUUAGUAGUUAAAUGGGAAAGAUUAGACAUUAUACAGGACUAUUUGAAAAGUAUGGUUGUAAAAUUUAGAAGAUAUAAACAUCUAUUAACUGUUGCUGUGACGCAUUGGGACAUGGCACAGAAAGAAACCAUAAAAUAAAAUUAAGAUUAAAUUAUCAAGUUAAGCCAACAUUUUGGAAUAAAUUCUGUGAUUUUUGUAUCUAAAUUUGAUUCUGGUGAAAAAGUUUGUGCUUAAAUUGAUUCAAUAUUAGAUCGUAGUUAAGCUGAAAAUGUGCAAUUAACUGAAACUGAAUUUUAUACUAAUUUUGAAUUAAUUGAAUUGAAAGACAACAUUGAAUUGGAGUUAGAAUUUUCAAAAGAAGAUGUAGAACUAAUAUUUAAAAAAAAAGCAACUUGUAUUAGAGAAUUUAUAAAAAAAUUUGAUGAGAAAAAUCCUUCAAUGCAUGAAAUAAUGCACUCACUAACUUUAGAGACAAAAAGAAUAGCAGAAAACCUAAUCACAGAUUUUGAAAGGAAAAACAAUGAUAAAUUUAGUAAGUUGUUUGAAUAUCAUUCAAACCCAAGCCUUGCCUAUUUAGUUCAUUUUGAAUUAAAAAAGGCAUUGAUGUUAGAGAUAGAUAGUAUUAUUUAGCUUGCUCAAUAAAAAAUGAAGAGUGAUAAAAAUCAUUGUUUUAAUUUUAUCAAGGCAUGUCCACAUUGUGGCAUUAUUUGGUUAAAAGUAUCAGGAUGUGAUGGAAAAACAACUUGUGGAAACUUUCCUGACGCUGAUGAUGAAAUAUUUAACAACUAUAAAACUCCUUAAAAAUACAUAUUUAAUAUUACAGAAAAAGAACUAAAUUACUCCCUAAACUAAGUGACUUAUAAACCUGUUUAGAUUGGAAAUUAUGUUAAACCAUAAAGUGGAAAAGGCUGUGGUGAAAUUAUAAAUUGGAAAGAGAUUCCAGCACUUACAUCUAACUAAUUAAAAGAACUGAUUGAUCCAGGAGUUAUGGAUUAUUUUGCUCGGGAAAUUCCAAAAGAAAAUAUUGAUAAAACCUUGAUGAAAGCGCAACAAUCUGUUAAGGAUAAGGUAGAAACUAUUAAAAAAUCAACCAAAGUAAUUAGAUUACCAAAAUAUUGA